AUCUAUGGCAAGCCAAAUGUCACCCCAACGUUUCAUUGGUUUGUACACAUGGCAGUGCAGCUGCAAUCUUAUGGACCACCCCAUUGUUUUUGGACCUUCCUCUUUGAGAGGCUCAACAAGGUUCUGAAGACCAUUGAAACCAAUGGUCAUAAGGGUGGAGCAAUCAAGCUCACAUUUGCUAGAGAAUUCAAAAGAGAGAUGAGCCUCUCCCAGAUAGUAUCACCUCCCUCUUUCAGAACUGGCCUUCCUUGCUGA